CCCCCUCCCCUUUUUAUGUCCCCUCCCAGCCACCCCUUGUCCCAAGCCGUGUCCUUCAGCAUCCCCUUCGGCCUCGACAGCGACGUCGACAUCGUCAUGGGCAACCCCGUGGGGGUCCCCGCCGGGACCCUCGCCCGCUCCGCCAGCUCCGACAGCCUCGCCCCCCCCCGCCGCCCCCCCAGGGCCACCCCCUGCCACCCCCCCGGGUGUCCCCAACGGUGUCCCGAGCCCCCCGAGCCCCCCAGCAUCGAGGAGGCGCUGCAGAUCAUCCACAGCUCCGAGCGCCUCCUCCCCCGACGGAGCCCCCGAUGCUUUUUUUGCCUUCAUUCCCCAGAUCCUCCCCCUCCUCAAAAUCCUCCCGGGACCCCCCAAAAUCCUCCUCAAAAUCCUCCCGGGACCCCCCAAAAUCCUCCUCAAAAUCCUCCCGGGACCCCCCCAAAAUCCUCCUCAAAAUCCUCCCGGGACCCCCCCAAAAUCCUCCCCAAAUCCACCCCGUCCCAUGACCAGUUUUGCCGAACGUAAAAGAAACUGGAAGAAGCCACCAGUGCCGCCCCUUCCAAUCCUCCUGGGGGUCUCGGCGUCAAUUUGGGGGGGGUCUCCACCACUCCCGGGGGUCCCCCAGAAUCGGGCGGGGGUCUCAGCGCUGAGAUGUCGCAAUUGGGAGCUCGUUUGGAGGAGAAACGCCGAGCCAUCGAAGCUCAAAAAAAACGAAUCGAGGCCAUUUUCGCCAAGCACCGCCAGCGCCUGGGCAAAACGCUUUACAACGCCUCCGCCAAGAUGAGGAGGGGGCUUCUCCCGCCCCCUCCCGAGGAGGAAUUGAGUCUGGGGGCUCCUCAAAAACCACCUCAAGCCCCUCCCGGGCAAUACGAAGCUGCCGUGGCCAGGCUGAGCGCGGCGCUGAGCUCGCUGCAGUUGGACAUGCAACGUUUGACGCAGCAACAGGAGCGGCUCCUGCUGGAGCAGAGACCCCACGGAGCCCCCCAAGCUUGGGUGAUGCCCCCUCCCCAAAUCCUCCAAGACCCCCUCGGCACCCUCAAAAAACACCCCGGGCUCGCCAGCGCCCACCCGGAGAGGAGGAGGAGGAGGAGGAGGAGGAAGCAGCAACAACAACAAUGCAGGAAAUUCGACACCAGCACGGCGGCAGGAGGAGGAGGAGGAGGAACCGCUGCUUCUGUCGCGAUAUCAACGGGAGGAAUCGCGACCGGAGGGGCUCGCAAGCCCCCUCCCCGCAGCCCGAGGAGACCCCGGCCCGCGGAGCUGCGGCUGCCGCCCCUGACGCGGGUGCUGACCCCUCCCCACGACGUGGACACGCUGCCUCACCUGCGGCGCUUCUCGCCCAGCCAGGUGCCCGUGCAGACCCGCAGCUCGCUGCGCUUCGCCGACGGCCAGGAGCAGCAGGAGGAGCAGGAGGAGCAGAGACCCCCACCCCCCUCGGCGCCCCCCGAGUCCCCCAGGGGGACCCUGCGCGCCAGGGCCUGCGGGGAUGGCACCAGCGACGUGUCCCUGUCCCCUGGGGACAAGGGGACACCCGGGGGACACCGGCGGCACCAGGAGGACGAGGAGGACGAGGAGGAGGAGGAGGAGGAGGAGGAGGAGGAGGAGGAGGAAGGAGAAGGGGACUCGCUGGAGGGGUCCCCAACUGAGGGGGGGAACGGGGGACACCGAGCCAGCGUGGGGUUCUUCUGUAAGCUCGAUGACACCGCCCCCGACCCCUCCCCCCCCCGCCGCGCCCCUCCCCCCCUGCGGCAGCGCCGCCUCUGGGGGGCGGGGCAGGAGCAGCCCCCGGACGAGAAUUUGGGGAGGGGUCUCUCCCUUUUCCCCCCCGAGGAGAAUUUGGGGAGGGGUCCUGACCCUUUUCCCCCCUCGAGGAGAAUUUGGGGAGGGGUCCUGACCCUUUCCCCCCUCGAGGAGAAUUUGGGGAGGGGUCCUGACCCUUUUCCCCCCUCGAGGAGAAUUUGGGGAGGGGUCCUGACCCUUUCCCCUCCCCCAGACCCCCAGCAGAGCCCCCCCAGCCCCCCCCCCCGCCCCCCGGAGGAGGAAUUUGGGGGGGGGUCUCGGCGGGGGGAGUUCACCCGCCUGGAGUACGAGCGGCGGCAGCAGCUGAAGCUGAUGGAGGAGCUGGAGAAGGUCCUGAGACCCCCCCGAGGGACCCCCGCCCCAAAAUCAGGGCCUGGGGGAGGGGGCAACACUCGGGGACCCCCUCCCCAAAUUAGGGGAGGGGGCUCGGCGAGAGCCCGGCCCCGCUGCUGCGACGACUCCGCCCUGGGGAGGAGCCCCCCCAAGGGGCUGCUGGGGUCCCGCCUGUCCAAGGUCUAUUCCCAGAGCUCUCUGUCCCUGUCCAGCGUGGCCGAGCCGGGCGGGGGGCGCUGCACCAGCCGGGCCGGGUCCCCCUCGGGGCCGGGGUCUCCAAACCGAGCCCCCCCCCCAGGGAGGGAGUGGGAGCACGACUCCAACCCCUCCUCCCCUGGGCCGGAGUACACGGGUCCGAGGCUGUACAAGGAGCCCACGGCCAGGUCCAACCGGCCGCUGAUCCAGAACGCCCUGGCCCAUUGUGUGCUGGCCGGGACCCCCAACGCCCCCCUGAGGGCCAAAGUGCUGCAGGAGAUGGAGCAAAGCUCAGCCCAACAACUCCUGAUCCUUUUCCGGGACGGGGGCUGCCAAUUUCGGGGCGUUUAUGCUUUGGGGGGGAUCCCCCCGACCCUAAAACGCCUCUCGGGCUCGGGGCCCCGCAGCGUCCCCCUGCCCAUGGUGGAGGCUCUGUACAAAUACCAGUCGGACCAGAGGCGCUUCUGCCGCCUCCCCGCCCGCACCAUGAGCGGCAGCGUCGACGCCUUCACCAUCCCCGGGCACCUGUGGCACCCCAAAAAACCCGGAACCCCCAAAUAAAACCCUACAAAAUUUGGGGGGGAUGCACCAAAAACGGGGUGACCCCAAAAGCGA